CUCACCAGACUCCGUCAAUCCCUCACCUGCGAAGUCUGCACAGAACUUCUAUAUGAACCGUGUACCCUCGCCUGCGGACACGUUCAAUGCUAUGGAUGCUUGAUGGAUUGGCUGCAGCAUAAGAAGACGUGUCCGCAAUGUCGGGCGAAGGUUGUUGAUAAACCUGUGUUGACGUUUGUUAUCCGGGAUAUGGUCGAUCUAUUUGUGUCGAAGGUGGAGGUCGAGGAUCCGGAAGGUGAGGGGCGGACGUUGCGGGAGCAUCAGAAAGAGCAGAGGGUGAUGGUGGAAGAACAUAGAGCGAGUGGGGAAGGUCUUUUCCCGGGAUUGUUCAAGAAUAAGUUCCGGGGGACACGGAUGAUGGAUCUAGGGGACCAGGUUAUGAGGUGUGCGAGUUGUGGGUGGGAGGUCGAGGGUGGCCCGUCGUGUCUGCAUUGU